AUGCCCGCGCCCGCCGCAAACAAGCGCGUCAAGAAUAAGCGCAUCAGCCGAAAUAUAAUAAUCGGCUCUGAAGCCUGGCAACUGCCUCCACCGGGACACCCCGACCGACCCAAGGGCGUACCGGAGGACCACACCAAGCGCUGGACUGUCUACGUCCGCCAGCCCGAAGGCGACCCUGCCCUCACAACAUGGCUCAACAAGGUGCAGUUCAAGAUCUUCAACACGUAUGAGAACCCGCUACGAACGUGCGAGAACCCGCCCUUCGAAGUCACCGAAACAGGCUGGGGCGGCUUCAGCAUCGAUGUCAGGCUGCACUUUCAGCCGAUGAGCGGCGAGAAGGCCCAAUAUAGACAACACUUCUUGCAACUGGAGAAAUACGGCGAUGAGAAGAUGCAGGCGGAACAAGAAAGGACGGGCUGUGUACGCAGCGAGUUCCUGGAGGUUGUGCAAUUCAAUGAGCCGACGGAAGCGCUGUUUGACGCUCUGACAGCGGAAGACCAAUGGAACUACCUCGUACCGGCUGGCAAAGGUGGCUCUAAAAAGGCUUCCCUGGGUGCCAAUGGGCGGAUGAAGCGCGGCAUGCCCAAUGGCGAACGAAGCGCGCAAUUACCAGAAAAGGGUGCAGAAGACGUGCCAUUCAGCCAAGAUCAGGAGCAAGCUCUCAUCGACUUGCUAAAGAGCAAAUCCGACGAGGUUGACAAACAAUUGGAGAAGGAACUCAAGAAGAGGGAGGAAACGGAGAACAAACUGAAAGCCUUGAGAACUGAGCUUGGACACGAGGCCGCCCAGCAAGCAGCACAACAAGCUAGUGGAGAUAGGAGUCGGCGGAGCAAUGGACGGAAAAAGAGUCGAGCGAUGGGGCAGCAGCCACCACGUACAGCGGAGCAACCAGCCAGUGCAACGUCUCGGUCUUCGACUAGGAGGAGGCGCCGUCAUGUUGACAUGAAGCCGUUUGUAGUAACCCGAGCCGAAGUAUAUCUGCGCGCGAAGUCCUAUCAUUGA